GGGAGCGCUUAUGGUGUAGGUGAGCGCGCUUGUGCCACUUGUGUGUUUAAUGUGAUGACAUUGUCUCUGGUCACUUAGGAAUGAUAACUAAGGUGAACGUAGGCUACUAAGGUGGAGAACAUGGUGCAGAUUGUGAUUUCCAGGGAGACUGAUGGCCAGCCGGGCGAGUGGCUGCUGAUGGAGCUGCAGGGAGAGAUACAAGCCAGAAGACAAGAUGGACUGGGUGGGAAACUGAUGGGAGACCUGCAUUUUACUAAAGAGGGUGUCCCCUUGCUGAUCAUAGGCCAUCAUAUCCUUUAUGGCAAAGUGACCAAACUGGAGAAGCCCUUUGCCGUGCUUGUAAAAGGUAGCAGCCCUUCAUUGCAGGAGCAAGAAAAUGCUGAAGCAACUACAGAGACCCGAUAUAAUGUAACAGCUCUAAUCAAGAAGAAAAUAAUCUUUAAAACACGACCCAAGCCCAUCAUUACCAAUGUCCCUAAGAAGCUGUGAGACAGUGAGAAACGUGUUCCCAUAACAAAAUCCUUAGUCUUAGCUGAUUGCUCUCUGGGACCAGAGAAGGCUGCUGACUGAGAUAAGAACAUUUACCUUUUAACCUGUGAGCAAGAUUUGCAUAUCCUUGUACAAAUUCUCCCCCCCCCCCCAUGGCUUUAGGAUUCAUCCUUGUUUUUCCUAUGUAUGUGUAAACAAGAAAUAAUACACCAUAUAUGUAUAGUACUAAUGUCUAUAGAUUAUUCAAAUAUAUUUUUUUUAUGAAAAUCUUUGUUUUAGACCCUUUUUUUGUUUGUUUGUUUUUUGGUCUACUAAAUAAAAUGUAUUAGUGUUGAAGGGAAGGCAUAUGUAGUUGAUUCAGCUCCGUAAACACAGAAUCCAUAUUAUAUUUACUGUUAAAAUAGCUUUAAUGGCAGAAAUGUCUAAAUUUAUUUGAAGAGGUACAGUGUUUACCAAAAUAUACCAUUGGCAACCUUCA